UUUUCGCUGAAAUUUUGCCCUUGCAUGUACUCCCUCCUUCUCCCCCAGAGUAAUAACCUGACCUGCGCCGUCACGUCACCGACUGUUGCAAAAGGCCCAUUACGACAAAGAAUUACGACAACAAAGAUUAAAGGUAUUCGUACGUGCGAGCACGUUCUGGGCCACGAAUGGCCAAAAUAAAAUGAUGUAAAAUCAUGAGCGCGGACAAAACACAUACUAAGGCGAGAGGUGUGAGGUUAGAAUUAAAAAUUUGAAAGGUUCAAACAAAUAACAUGCAAAUUGAACUGGGCAGGACUUAAGAAUUAAGCACAUGAUCAUCAAAGAGAAAAAUUAUUGACUUAAAAAACGAAUUUUAGUGUUGAAUUCACUUUUCGUUAUCAGUUCGUCAUAUAUUUAUAUUGUGUGUUUGCCGUCAUUCAAAAUGGACGAAAUCUGCUCUAAUUAUGACUGGCUCUUAGCAAGUUCGCUUGAAAAUCCCGUUAAUGUUGCCACAAGUAAAGCAGUGAAACACGACUAUUUGAUAUUUAGGUAAUGUUAAUUUAAAUAUAUGAAAAAAAAAAAGACUUGACUUUGUUCGUGUUUCACUCAAGUAAAUUGACGAAGUUUGUAAGCGGCUGGUUUCCGAAGUUAUCUGAUGUACUCUGUAGUAAAUCUUCGUAUUUUUCUACAAGUGGUCUUUUUGUAAAAAGAAACGUGCCGCUAAGAAUACAGCAUCCGUCCCAUUUGACAACUUUGCUAUUUCGUGCUGCAUUUCAUGCUGAUUCACUAUUCUUUGACUAUUCCUAUUGAGAGUUAAUAAUCCUUGCGUAAAAGAAGUGAUUUCCUAAGACAACGUGAGUCGAUUAUAUUUAGCUGCUCUGCUAAGUUGAGUAUUUUUUCAUCGGUGCAAAUAAUUGUCAGUAUUUUGAAGCUCACCAAGGAAUCGUAAGUCGCCAUGGAAGAAUGCCAAAUUGACAAUUUUACCAUAUCAAAAUAAUCGUAUUUCGCGCCUAAAAUAAGUGGAAAAGAUAAAAAUGAAGAUUUCAUUGAUAGCAACGGGUUUUCCAACCGCUAAAACAACAUAAGACUUGUACUAGCCUUUUUAUCACGGGUGGAGGUCAAACGCAACUGUCAUUUUCACUAGCUGUUUUCUUUUUUAAUGGCAUUUCUAAUGCUGUUGACGCGAGCACUAAUUUUUCUAAGUAAUUAGCAUUUGAUUUUAAGAAAAUAUACUCGAGCAGUGUUCGACUCUCUUGAGUUGUUGUACAACGACAUACAAACGCUCACAGGCUUUUUAUGCAGCUCUCAGGGAUGUACCGUAACACAUAUUUGUUUAUAUACGCGCAAUUAAUUCAGCUAAACCUCGAUAUGCGAAACAUGAUUAAGAGCGAAUUUCCCCUGCGGCAGGUGCGACGUAUAAAAAGGUUCCCAUGGUGAUGGACCCUGAUACGUCAUAUAAUCUUUACACCAAACAAACUUCGUGUAUGAAGUCUAAAGAUGUACAGAAGUCCCAGAGUCGCUUAACCUGACAGGAAAAAAAGCAAGGGCGAGAAGAAAAUAUUCUGGUGGCUUUUGGACUCUCUUGGGCACGCCUGCUUCUCGCUGAAACCAUAAAUUGAUAAUCAGAGAACGAUGCAUGUUUAACAGCUCGGUACGACUGUCUAACCAUGAAACGUGUUUUAAUUUGUUUGCUGAGAUGCAGUGGCAGAGGAAAACAUUGUUGAUGUUGUCAUUCUAUUGGCCGUCAGCGAUAGAAAGGAGAAACGUUCGUUCAAGAAAUCAUCUCGGUUAAGCAUUUAAAAAAUGCAAAUUCGACAUCUUUGCCACGAUGAAAUCAAGCGCCAGUUUUAGAAUAACAUCAAAGUCUUCUAAUCUAAGCGCGAAAGUAAGUAACAGGAGUUUCAAUCGUACCUUGUCGGGGACUUCUUUAAAAGGAAUUUCUUUUAACUCAAACUCGAGUGACUCUCAAACAUGCACCUUCGUGCCAAUACCGCCGGAAUAUCUGCGUCAGCCACUGGAAGAUUUCGAUUCCCCGCAAACAAACACAUUUGUGAUCGUAGCUUCUCGGCUUGGCAGGCAAUACGUAUUUAGAUUUAGCAAGGAGAAAUCAUUAUAUUUAUUUGGACCAUUAAACGCAGUGCGGAAAGCAAUAAUUAUUCUUAUUACAAAUCAAUUUUUUGAAUUAUUUAUACUUCUUACCAUAAUUGUAAAUUGUAUUUUUCUUGCCCUAAAAAAUGCUCCAGAGGAACCAGAGUACGUCUUCGCCGCAAUAUACACGGUUGAAAUGAUUCUUAAGAUUAUAGCUAAAGGCUUUUGUAUGCACAAAUUUGCUUAUCUCAGGGAUCCAUGGAACUGGCUAGAUUUUGUUGUUGUAAUUUUGGGGUAUAUUACUCUUAUUCCUAACGUCUACAACUUGUCAGGGAUUAGAACAUUUAGAGUUCUUCGAGCUCUUAGAACUAUUUCAGCAGUUGAAGGUUUAAAGACAAUGGUAAAUGCUCUUCUCAAGUCCAUGACCAUGUUAUCAGACGUCUUGAUCCUCACACUGUUUUUCCUGUGUAUCUUCGCCUUGGUUGGAAUGCAGCUCUUUGUUGGACAGCUGAGAAAUAAAUGCGUUGCCACGCCCACGCCACACAAUUCGAUUGGCUAUGACAAAUAUAUAUCCAAUCAAAGUGUGUGGCUUAGAUGUGACAGCGACGAGCUUGUGGUUUGUGGAAAUGCGUCAACUGCAGGGACCUGUCCUGCGAACUACACGUGUUUGUCAGUCGGUGAUAACCCCAACUAUGGUUACACUAACUUUGACAACUUCGCCUGGUCUUUGGUAACUGCUUUUCAACUAAUUACAAUGGACUUUUGGGAAAAUGUCUUUAACUAUGUUCUUGCCUCCAUGGGUUCUUGGUACGUGUUCUAUUUUAUGUUCGUGGUGUUUUUUGGAUCUUUCUAUCUCAUUAAUCUGGUGCUUGCGGUGGUUGCGGUUUCAUAUCAACAAGAAGUAGUGGCGAUGCAAGAAAGGGAUAAAAACUAUGAAGAGCUCAAAACUGUUGUAUCGUCGUACUCAUUUCACGGGCGUGCUGUGCCAAAACUUCUUACUGAAAGUGGGAAAUCAAAACAAGAAGCCCUGGUAACAAAAUGCAAGCUUUCACUGUGUCUUCCUUGCUUUAAAAACUCUGCAAGCUCAAAACCUCACGAAACUAACAACGCUACUAACACAGGAGAAAUUGAAGGAAGUCACGCGAGUUUGCGUUACUCGCCGUGUGGUUCUCAUGUGAUGGAAAUGAACAAUGUAACGGGGGAGUAUUCUACGGUCAAGGAUAAGAACGAAAACGUGGCCGGCGAGAAAGCAUCGAAUGGAAAAGACGUGCAAAUACGAUUAACUCCGAUUAUUUCUACACCCAGUCAAUGUCAACCUGUUAGGACGUCAUUAGUACAUGAUUCUAUUUCAGAAACUAGUAGAAAUUCAAAUGCGAAAUUUUUAGAAGUGAAGCCAACUUGGGCAAGAACGUUAACCGUAAUAAGUGAACAGGAAUCAACAGACCCUGAUAACCACUCUGUAAAUUCAGAUGACUGUAACGCAAUUAAGCAAGUCAAAUUCCCUGGGGUAUCUCCGAUUUCAUCACCCGUGGGAAGUCCUCGGGGAUCCACGGGGUGGGAACCCCAAGGAAAAGACGCUAAACACCGGAAGGAAGAGUUAUCGAGGCGGAAAUGUAUUCGGAAACGCAUUUCUAAACUGACGAUGGAUCCGUUGUUUGAUAUGUUCAUUACAUUUUGUAUUCUUGUUAACACUGUGUUUUUGGCCUUGGAGUAUCAUGGAAUGAACGAGAAUUUCAGAAUGGCCUUGGAUGUUGGAAAUAUGGUUUUCACAUUCGUGUUCCUGCUGGAGAUGGUGUUGAAAGUGACUGCGUUUGGUCCUUGUGGUUACGUGAAGAGUCGAUGGAAUAUAUUUGAUGGCUUCAUUGUAGUGAUAAGCAUCGUAGACCUCAUUAUCGAGCGAGUUGUUAAAGUUGGUAGUGGCGCUGGACUCAGCGUCCUUCGGACGUUCAGACUGCUGCGUGUUUUCAAGCUUGCGCAGUCAUGGCAGACGAUGAACAUGCUGCUACGAACAAUCGCCAGCAGCAUCGGCCAGCUUGGUAACCUCACCUUGGUUUUGGGGAUCAUUGUUUACAUGUUGGCAGUGGUCGGAAUGCAACUGUUUGGGAGUGUCUACACAGAAGAAAAAUUUGGUGGCGACAUUCCUCGCUGGAAUUUUAAUGAUUUUGGUCAGGCGUGCAUGAUGAUAUUCAGAGUACUAUGUGGAGAGUGGAUUGAACCGCUGUAUGACAGCAUGCGGGCGACGGGUCCUGAGUCCGUCCUGUUUUUCCUCACGGCUUUAGUCAUUGGAAACUUUCUGGUUUUGAAUUUGUUUCUUGCUUUACUGCUUAACGCCUUCGCUCGUGAGUCUUUGCAAGAUGAAGCAGAGAAAAGAGGGGAAAAACAGCCAAGCAAGUUUUAUCAGGGGGUCCAGCGACUGAGUAGAGUUCUGCGUCUGAAUAGUGUGAUACCACGCCGAACACAGGUCAAGCCUACACAGCCUCCUGCAGACGACAGACCCGGAUCAGUGAAAAGUUCAGAUAGCAAAGAUGCUCUUAAUAGUACCCCGGCACUGAUGAACGCAGUAACAGCUUUUCAAAAGAAAGGAAAACUCAACAGAGACACAGUCAAAAGGCUUUCGAUCGCAAUCGAAGCUGCGAAAAAGGACUCUACAGCAUCCAGCGCCGUUCUCAGUUUAGCUCGUUCGUCGGCAACAAUCACCAGCCCGCGGGAAAGUGUCCAGAUGAAUCGGGGUGAAUCCUCGGGCGAUCCCGCCAUGACAGAGGUGCAGGAGUGCUGCCCGUGCUGGAUGAAGCGCUGCACGUGUGACUGCAUUGCUAUGUGGAAAGAGUCCAGCGGUUAUCGUGUUUGGAGAAGCAUGCGCCAUAAAAUCAAGAAGUUGGUCGAGCACCGGUAUUUUGAAUGGGCGAUUCUGCUGAUUAUUGUGGCCAGCAGUGUUACUCUGGUUUUUGAGGACGUUCAUCUUAACAAUCGCCCAACACUAAAGAAAGUCUUGGAUUAUCUAAACAUCGUAUUUGCUGUGGUGUUUACUCUGGAGUUUCUCCUUAAAACAAUCGGCUUGGGUUUUGUAACGUACUUCAAGAAUGCCUGGAACUGCCUGGACGUGGUUAUUGUUGCUAUAUCCAUUCUCACGGCUGUUGAGUCUAUUGAAGAACUAAACUCGAUUUCUGUCGCCACAGUGAAAAAUCAGACCACAGAUAACGACAGUAGCCUAGCUUCAUUUCGUUCCCUGCGUACAUUACGGGCGCUAAGACCUCUGAGAGCGAUCUCACGCUGGGAGGGUAUGAAGGUUGUGGUGAAUUCAUUGCUGUUUGCAAUCCCGGGGAUCGGCAAUGUGCUGUUGGUGUGUAUGGUAUUCUGGCUCAUCUUCAGCAUCGUCGGAGUUCAAUUUUUUGGAGGACGAUUUUACAAAUGCGUCGACAGUCAAGGGGAACGCCUGCCGAUCAGCAUCGUGCAGAACAGAUCGGAUUGUGAUAGGCUGGGAUAUCGGUGGAUAAAUUCUAAUAUCAACUUCGACAAUGCUGGUAACGGAUUUAUCGCUCUUUUCCAAGUGGCGACGUUUGAAGGAUGGAUGGAGAUCAUGAGGGAUGCUGUUGAUGCUAGAGAGAUUGAUGAUCAACCGGAAAGCCAACACAGUUUUAUUCCUUAUUUCUAUUUCGUCGUGUUCAUAAUUGUCGGUUCUUUCUUCACCUUGAACCUGUUUAUUGGAGUCAUCAUUGAUAACUUCAAUCGAUUGAAGAAACAGUACGAGGACAGUGGAGCACUAGACAUUUUCCUGACGCCGUCACAGAAGGCUUGGUUCAACACUCUGAAAAAAGCUGCUAACAAGAAACCAAAGAAAAUGAUCAGUAGGCCUCAGGUUAAAUGGCAAGCGAGGUUGUUCGAUGUAAUUCAUAGCUCAAAGUUCGAGACAUUGAUAAUGGCGAUGAUAUGUCUCAACAUGUUGGUUAUGAUGAUUCAACACCACGGACAGAGUGACGAAGUCGUCCUCACAAUGAAUAUAAUAAACCUCGUAUUCACUGCUAUAUUUACCCUGGAGGCUGUGGUCAGGAUUGUUGCCCUCCGUCUACAUUAUUUCACGCAGCCGUGGAAUAUCUUCGACUUUACCAUCGUGAUAUUAUCAAUCAUAGGAAUUAUCCUUGAGUAUCUUGACUACAGUUUCAUUGUCACCCCAAGUUUAUUCCGCGUGGCUCGGGUAUUUAGAAUUGGUAGACUGUUACGCUUCUACAAAGGCGCCCGCGGUAUCCGCAGGCUUCUCUUCGCUCUGGUCAUCUCUCUUCCAGCGCUGUUCAACAUUGGCGCGUUGUUGUUUCUUGUAAUGUUCAUAUACGCGAUUAUAGGGAUGUCAUCGUUCGGUUAUGUUAAGAAGACUGGCGCACUGAACGAUGUAGUGAAUUUUGAAACGUUUGGCAGCAGUAUGUUGCUGUUAUUCAGACUGUCUACUUCAGCAGGUUGGAAUGACGUGCUUGAACCGCUAUUGAUAAAAACGCCUGACUGCGAUGAAAAUUAUUUAGGACAGCCAUACGGUAACUGUGGAAUACCAUGGCUUGCUAUUCUUUACUUCAUCACGUUCAUACUUUCGACUUUUCUUAUUAUCAUCAACAUGUACAUAGCCAUUAUUUUGGAGAAUCUAAGCCAAGCCCACCAACAAGACGAAGUCGGGAUUACAGACGAUGAUUUGGAAAUGUUUUAUGCCCAUUGGGAACGUUAUGACCCCGAUGCUAGCCAAUACAUUCUUCAUUCGCAACUGUCAGACUUCGUAGAUGGACUUGAACAGCCAUUGAGAAUUCCGCAUCCCAAUAAAUUUGCGUGCAUUAAUCUGAAUAUUCCCAUUAAACAAGGCGAUAGGAUUCACUGUUUUGACGUGAUGCAAGCUUUAGUGCGCAGGGUUAUAGGAGAUGUUGAAGAAGAAGACGGCUCUGUAGCAUUUGCUCUCAUGAAGUCCCGAAUGGAACAUCAUUUUGUCAGCGCUUUCCCAAAGCGCGCAAAAACUCAAACGGAAAGUACAACAUUGAAAAGAAUUCAGGAAAUUCGAGCCGCUACCAUCAUUCAACGAUCGUACAGACAAUACCGCUUCCAAUUGGAACUUCGGCGAUUUAGGCUUCAAAGAAGUCAACAGUUUCAUGAGCAUGGACAGAGUUCGUCUUCGUUAAGAGAGGAAGGACCCUCAGGGAGCGUUCAGGUUUUGGUGCAAGAAAGGGAACCUAGAAACGAGCCUCGAAAUACGAUUGUUACGAUUGCAGAUAACGGCUUGCCGUGAUAAAAUGUUUGUAAGUUACGAUAGUCAGCUACAAAUGACAAGCACGCUUCAUUUCAUAUCAACAAUCUUUAAUGCAUCAAGGUUUGUGAUUCUUGACCAGAGCUUAUAAAAACGUCCCUCAUAAAACUCGCUACCAAUCAAAACGUAGCUACCGUGACAUUGAACUAACGGUUUUCAAGCAGCCCUGAUCAACCUCAUACAUCUGAAAUCAGUUAAGUUUGACUUUUUUAAAAUUUUCUUUCGCUGAUAUCAACUUGAUACAAUUAGCAAAAAUAUUUGAAUUUUAAAGAUACAUGUAAACCAAGAUUUUAAAUUGCUUUACAAAAUUUACAACGCACUGGGAUAUGGGAUGGAAUAGUACUAUUUUAUAAAGCGGUGCAAUUGACUGCCUUCCAAUGAUAGCUUUUUUUAUAAAGACACUGUGUGUGCACAUCACAAUUUGUGAAUAAAAGAUGUAGAUUUUUUUUA